GCAGACCGGAACUUGCUCCUUCAGUGGGUACUGAAGUGGCGGCGCUUGCCGGAAGUGUGAGCAUGUCGGUCUUGGCCCUGAAGCCUCGGUUGUUUGGGCUUCAGGCUGCCCCUUUCCGUCCGGCUGAAGGCUGGAGAAUGCUGUUGAGAUCCGGCCUGUGCGGAGGGGCCGGUAGUAGCGAGAGGCCAGAGGGCGGGGUGAGGCUGCGGUUUGGUCCGAGCCCCACAGGCUUCCUACAUCUAGGUGGGCUUCGCACAGCUCUGUACAAUUAUAUAUUUGCCAAAAAACAUGGUGGGACCUUCAUUCUCAGGAUUGAAGAUACAGAUCAGAGCCGUCUUGUUCCUGGAGCAGCGGAAAGCAUUGAGGAUGCCCUGGAGUGGGCAGGAAUCCCCCCUGAUGAAAGCCCUCACAGAGGAGGCUCCUAUGGACCAUACAAGCAAUCAGAGCGACUAGAUUUGUACUUAAAGGCCACUGAGACCCUGGUAAUGAGGAAUGCAGCAUAUUAUUGCUUUUGUAGCCCCCAGCGUCUGGAAAUGUUGAAGAAGGAGGCAUUGAGAAUGAGACAAACACCAAAAUAUGAUAAUCGUUGUAGACACCUGAGUCAGACUCAAAUUGAGGAGCAACUGGCACAAGGAUGCUCACAUGUUGUCCGAUUUCGUCUGGAGGAGGAUGCUGCGCCCUUUGAAGAUCUGGUGUACGGACUGAACAGGCUAGAUCCUGCCAGUGUGGAGGGUGACCCUGUUAUCCUUAAAGCGGAUGGGUUUCCAACCUACCAUUUGGCAAAUGUAGUUGAUGAUCACCAUAUGAAGAUCAGCCAUGUUUUGCGGGGCACCGAGUGGCUCACUUCCACUGCCAAGCACCUACUGAUGUACAAAGCUUUUGGAUGGGACCCUCCAGCUUUUGCUCACCUUCCACUCCUCCUGAACAAAGAUGGCAGCAAACUUUCCAAGCGUCAGGGUGAUCUGUUCAUCCAGAACUUUUCCCGGAAUGGAGUCCUGCCAGAGGCUUUACUUGACAUUGUCACCAACUGUGGAUCUGGCUUCUCAGGAAAUCGACCAGGUCGGAUCCUGGAGGAGCUGGUUGGUGAAUUUGAUGUGAGUAAAAUAACAACCCACUCUGCACUCCUGGACCUUGACAAGCUGCCAGAGUUCAACAGGAUUCACUUGCUGCGGCGAAUUGAAUGUGUCAACUCACGGCAGCAGUUAGUGACAGAGCUUCAAACCCUGGUUGAGAAGGAGUUUGGUGAUAAGCUGGUGGACAGUGAGGCCUUAUGCGCUGAUUAUGUGGAGCGGGUGUUGCUACACCGGAAGGGCCACAUCAGCCGUUUGCAGGAGUUGGUGUCACCAAACUACUCGUACCUCUGGUUUCGACCCGUUGUGUCCCGUGAGCAAAUGCUGAAUCUGUCAACUGAAGGAGAGAAGAUCUGUAGUGUAGUGGUGCAAUUCUUCCAGACCUGGUCAAAUGGAAGUGUGAGCCCAACAGAGCUAAACAAUGAACUGAGAGUGCUACAGGCACAGUUCACAAGCACCAAGUACAAUGACAUGAUGAAGUUUCUUCGACUAGCUCUCAGUGGAAAGCAGCAAGGACCGAGUGUGGCUGAGAUGAUGCUGGCUUUGGGACCUAAAGAGGUGUGUCAACGUCUGCAACACGCAGUCAUCCAUUGACCACAGCCAUCUAUUUGGGACCUAUCGUUUGGACAUCAUGUGAUGCACCUCCUAGACUUGUAUGGAAGUAUUCCUCUGCUGACAUAUAAGCCGGGCUGGAAAAAUAUUCAGCCCGUCAGGCUUACUCCACCAUGCAGUACGAUCACGUCUGAUCAUGCAUUUCAACACUCUUUUAGCUACACUAUUGCCUUUAAUAUAAUUUGCAUUGAGAAAUAUGUCAAUCAUAGACCCAAUCACUGAGUUUCCGCAGCCCUUUGUAGUAGUGAAUUUCAAAGAUUCACAACUCUCAGUAAACAUUUCUCAUCAUCUUUUUGAUAAGUUUUCCCCUUGCCGCCACCUUGUUUUGAAACUGUAACUGGUUAUAGACUCCCAAACCAAGGAGAGCAUCGUAUCUGCAUCAACUUUGUCUAUCCCUUUAAGUGUUCUGUAUAUUUCAAUGAGAUCACCACUCACAUUAAAAUUCUACAGAAUACAGGCUGUUUCUCCAACCUCUAUUCAUAAAACAGACUUGCCCUUCCAAGAACAAACCUGGUGAACCUUUGUUGUACUCCCUCUACGGUAGUAAGAUCCUUCUUAAAAGUGGCUAAAACUGCACACAGUACUACAGAUGUAAUCUAACCAAUGUUCUGUAGGAUUGAAGCAUGCCUUCACUGCUCUUAAACUCGAAUCCUUUUGUAAUAAAGGCUAAUAUACCAUUAGCCUUCCUAAUGCCUGUUGCAUCUACAUAUUAGUCUUCAGGAGCUUAUUGACGAGGACUCCCUGGUCCCUUUGAAUAUCUACACUUUCUAAUCUCUCUUUCUCAUUUGAGAAAUACUCUGCAUUAUCUGUUCCUCCUAUCAAAGUGGAUAAACUCACUAUUUUUCCAUGUUGUAUUUCAUCUGCCAUUUUUUUUCCAGACACGAAGUCUCUCCAAAUCUUCUCAAAACUGCUUUGCAUCUUCCUCACAACAUGCAUGUUAAAAUCAGUUAGUAUCAUAAAAUGUACAACACAGAAAUAGGCUGUUUGGCCCAACUGGUCUGUACAGUAUCAGAAUUUAUGUGCUACUUGAACUUUCCAUCCUACUUCAUAACUGUAUCGGUAUAUCCCUCACAACAACAAAAACAGAAGUUGCUGGGAAAGCUCAGCAGGUCUGGCAGCAUCUGUGAAGAAAAAAUCAGAGAUAAUAUUUCGGGUCAGGUGAUCCUUCCUCAGAACUGAUGGUAUCUGAGAAAACGUUGGCUUAUCUGCAGAAAAUAGGGAGGGGGGAUGGGGUAGGGAGUAAAUGAUAGGACAGAGCCUGAAGAGAGAGAAGAGCAGUUGGAUAGACAAAGGAGUUGAUAAUGAUCUGGCUGGGAGGAUGAAUAAUUGUUAAUGGGGACUGUUAGUGACUAACAAUAGGUAGUCUGUAAUGGCAGGCUAUGUGAUAGUGUUCUUUUGGUUUUUAUUCAGUAUAUCCCUCUACUGUUUUCUCCUUCUGUACUUAAUAGAUUUACCUUAAACAUACCUAUACAUAUUAAAUGUAUCUAUACCAUAGAAGCUUGGUCAGACUGAACCUGGAGUAUAUAUGCAGAUUUCAUCAUCUUUGUUUCAGGAAAGAUACUGCCAGAGGAGUGCAACAAAAGUUGACCAAACAUAUCCCUGGGAUGACAAUACUGAUCGAUGAUGAGAUAUUGGACAUUCUGGGCCUAUAUUCUCUAGUGUUUCAACAAAUAAGCUGUGAUCUCGUUGAAACCUAUGAAAUACUUAAACAGAUAGACAGGGUAGAUGCAAAUAAGAAGUUUCCCUUGGUUGAGGGGGUCUAGAGCCAGUGGGCACAAUAUCAAAGUAAGGGGAUAAGAUAAGAAUUUUACUCGGUAGUGAAUAUUUGGAAUUUGGAAUAUUUGGAAUUUGGAAUUGCAUGGCUGUUGAAGCUCAAUGUUUGAAAAUAUAUAGAGUAGAAGUUGAUUUUAAAAUGUUUUGCUUAUCAAUGGAACAAAGAGUUAUAGGGAUAGUUUGGAUAAAAGGCGUUGAAGUGUUCAAUCAGUUAUAAUAGUAUUAAAUAUUGGAGGAAGUGCAUUGAGCUGAAUGGCCUACUCCUCUUCCAUUGUGUUUAUUUACCUCACUUACUCCCUGAGAUAACAAAUUCAACAUUCUAAUCCUAUAUAGUGAAGAAAUUUCUCCUGAAUUCCCUAUUGGAUUUAUUAAUUAUGUUUUUUAUUUAUUCACAAGGCCAUCAUUUGUUACCUAUUCUAAUUGCUAUUGAGAAGGUGUUGGUGAGGCACAUGAACAACUGCAUUCAUGUGCUGCAGGCACACCCAUUGUACUUUUAGGAAGGGAGUUACAAGAUUUUUACCCAGUGACAGUGAAGGAAUGGCAAUAUAGUUUAAAGUCCAGAUGACAUGUGGCCUGGAGAGGAUCUUUCAGGUGGUAGUGCUGCCAUAUGAUGGUAGAAGUUGCAGGUUUACAAAGGUUCUAUUGAAGGAGGCCGGUGAAUUACUACAGUGUAUUUUGAGAUAGAAGUUCCUGGACAGUGACUCCUUCCUCUGAAUCACAAGGUUUGGAAUGAAACUUUACUCUAGGACUUGAACACAAAAAUCAAGGCGAGUAUUCAAUGCUGUUGGAGUUGGAGAUGCUGUCUUUUGGGUGAAAUGUUAACCAUGAACGUCUCCCCCCUCAUGGACAUGAUACUUGAAACAUGUUCAAACAAAAGGGGAGCUAUUCCCAAUGUCCUGGCUAAUAUCUGUCCUUGAAAGAUACAUAGAACACACAAAUUAGGAGCAGAAAUAGGCCAUAGCUGACCUGUUUCUGUUUUGAAUUCGACAUUCCCAUCUAUCCCCAAUAACGUUUGAUUUCCUUGCCUAACAUGAAUCUAUCUUGCUCCACCUUAGGAAAUUUUCAAUGACCUACCUCUACCAUCUUGAGACAGUGUGUUCCAUAGUCGCUUGACCUCUGAAGAAUCAGUUUCUCCUCAUCUCUGCAUAAAAGCAGCCACUGCUAUUUUUUUAAACAAUUCCCUCUAGUUCUGGAAUCACCCACAAAGGACACAUCUUUUCCCAUCAAUAUCACAAAUCGUUCAAUCAUUGUUACAUUGAUGUAUUUGGGACCUUCCUGUGUGCAAAUUGUGUAAUAUGUUUUCUACAUUACUACAGAAUUACAAUUCAAAAGUAUUUCAUUGGCUGGAAAGUACUUCAAGUUAUUUGGUGAUAAUGAAAUGUUCUCUAUAAAUGGAAACCUUUCGUUUAGAAGAUGAUACAUGCGUAUGGAAGUGUCAGCCCAGAAAACAAUGUGAAUUCGAACAGAAACUUUCAUUAAACCUUCUUGUUAGACCCAUAACAACAUCAGUUUAAUUUUAAGUGAUUCCUGGACCCAUAACAACAUCAGUUUAAUUUUAAGUGAUUCCUGUUGGGCAGUUCCUCUCCACAUUAAAUUGUGAAUUGCAAUCAGA